GUUUAUGACUCAGAAAGAAAUACACACAAUGUCGACAUAUAUACGAAGGCUAUUUAGCCACUCCUAAACCUCAAAACGACCCAGUUUUACCUUGCUUGCCACCGUGUCUCCCCGCAAAAUCGAUUCCUGCCUGUACUGUACUGAUUUCUCGCCGGAAGUAUGAGGCGGCCGGCGUACUCUUCACCGUCGAUCAAUUUCAGUGCUAUGACACGGAAGAUCGACGUUGACAAUCGGAUCUCUCUCCGCAAUUACUAUCGCAUCGCUGACAAUCUGCUCAAACAGGCAAGUAUUUACAGGGAGGAGAAAAAUUUAAUAGACUUGUACGUUAUACUGCUAAGAUAUUCAAGUUUGGUGUCUGAAACUAUACCAUACCAUCGAGAUUACCAGGUUUUAUGUUCCAAAGAAAGAAGUUUUUAUAAGAAGAAACUGCUUGCUGUGCUAGAUGAGCUAGAGAAUUUAAAGCCAGAAGUGCGCCGUCAGCUAGAUGAACUGGAAAAGGUUAACGCCCGAACUCCAAUGCAUCAUGUUGAUGGCCCAGACAAGAUUUCAUAUGCCUCUUCUUUGAACAAUAAAGCUUCAUUAGGCUACAGUAACAAGCCGAUGUUGCAACACGUUACAGCACCUUCACCUUCAUUGAAGCAGAAUAAUGAGUAUACUCGAUUUUCAUCACCAAAUUCCAUCGAAUCACAAUUCCAGAGGCUAUCUCUCAGUUUACCUCUUCCGAAGCAGGAAACAUUGUCUAGACAUUCAUUUUUAGGACCUAAUGGUCUUCGUGGUCAAUGGCUCGCACCCAGUGCUGAGGUUAAGGUGAAUUAUCCAACCAAUAUUGUCAUGGAUCCGAGUGAACUUUCCAGCCUGAAUCAGGUUGGCCAACAAGAACCUGCAGCAAGAAAAGAUACUGAAGCAAAGGUGGAAACGACAGCCAUGGACUCUGUUCUGUCCUUAGAUGAUGGUAGAUGGCUUGCUGAGGAAUCUGGUCUUCCCCAAGGGAAUGACAUGGAGAAAAAUGAUUUUCAGUUGGGUAAUAUCAGGCAACCUUCCCCACCUCCUGUCCUGGCACAAGUGCAGCCAGAGCUGCUUCCUAUAUCUCCAUCAAGAGUUGCUGACCCAAGGCCUGGACCACCAAAACUCUCUCAGGAUGGUCUGCCUAGUUCCAAUUCUUACCAAGAUCUUCACAUUCCUGUGAAGAUAUUGGAAGAUUUUUUAAGAUUGGCACGACAAAAUACUGCAAAAAACUUGGAAACUUGUGGUGUUCUUGCUGGUUCACUUCGGAAUAGGGUAUUCCAUAUUACUACACUCAUCAUCCCAAAGCAGGAGUCAACUUCAGAUUCGUGUGAAACACUGAAUGAAGAAGAAAUAUAUGAGGUUCAAGACAAGCGUUCUCUAUUUCCUCUUGGUUGGAUACACACACAUCCAACACAAACAUGUUUUAUGUCUUCCGUUGAUCUGCACACUCAUUACUCAUAUCAGGUGAUGUUGCCAGAAGCAAUUGCAAUCGUCAUGGCUCCUACAGACACAUCAAGUCCCCAUGGCAUAUUUCACCUUUCCGAUCCUGGUGGUGUAUCUGUUAUUCGAAACUGUCAACAGCGUGGUUUCCAUCCUCACGAAGAGCCUGAGGACGGAAGUCCUAUUUAUGAGCAUUGUUCCCAUGUUUACAUGAAUGCCAACUUGAAGUUUGAUGUGGUAGAUCUUCGGUGAGUUGAUAGAAUGGUUACAUCAAGGUAUUCAGAAAAAAGGAGCAUUUGAGAGAAUGUACAGUUUACUUUUCGACAUAUUUUCUGUUGAUGGGCUUUUGUAGAUUCCUUUCUGGGUUUUUGUGGAUACAUUUGUUUCUACCUUUACAUCAACCCCCUGGCCCAUGGUCGACGGCCAUCACAAUAUAUAGCUUCUGAUCAGAUCAGACCUUUUUACAAUCUUGAUGAGGGAAUUAGUCGCAUGUUCUUAAUUGUAAUAACAAUAAUGCUGCUGUAAUUUUAUGACAACUCUUACCCUGCAUUGUUGUUUUCCAGUUCA